ACACCAAUGGCUCCAAAUUAUAAUAUGCUUUCCUUUUUCUUGAUUCUGUCUCUUUACAUUACUUCAAUGCUAGCCACCGGAAACAACCACAUCACCGACAGAAAAGCUCUUGAAAUCAUCAUUGGCGGCUCCAACGACAACUCUCCGGCGCCAUCUCCAGAGCCAGAAGACUGUCCCCCGCCGUCUCCACCUUCUCAAACACCAUCACCGCCGCCACCAGAGGCACUUCCUCCUCCACCGCCACCGCCGCUAAAAUUCUCGAGCCCACUAAUAAAGAAAGUGUAUCCAGUCAUCAAGAAUUUCCAGAUGCUAAUCGAAGACGAUCCAAAGAAGAUACUCAAAACAUGGGUAGGCACCGACAUUUGCGCCAAGGACAAAUACAUAGGACUUGAGUGCGCCAAGUUCCCGGGAACAAACCACCUCGCACUUGCGAGUAUUCAGUUCAACAAUUUUAACUUGGGUGGCAAGAAACUCCGGCUAGAUAACUUCCUCAAUAAGUUAGAUGAAGUCACCAUCUUCCACGCAAACAGUAACAAUUUCGUGGGAUCUGUUCCCAAAGUCAGCAACCUCAAGUACCUUUUCGAGCUUGAUCUCAGCAACAAUAAGCUCUCUGGAGAGUUCCCGAGCUCUGUGUUAAAAGCAACGAACCUUACGUUUCUUGAUCUCAGAUUCAAUUCUUUCUCCGGUUCUGUGCCUCCUCAGGUGUUUAAUCUCGAUCUCGACGUUUUGUUCAUCAACGACAACAAUCUUGUUCAGAGUCUCCCUGAGAAUCUCGGAUCCAUCACCGCUCUUUACCUCACAUUCGCUAACAACAGAUUCACGGGUCCUAUUCCGGGAAGCAUUGGUGACAUCAAGUCCUUACAAGAAGUCCUUUUCUUGAAUAACAAGUUAACCGGUUGCUUACCAUACCAAAUUGGGAACCUUAACCGAGCUACGGUUUUUGAUGUCGAGUCUAACGAGCUAACUGGUCCGAUUCCUUACUCUUUCGGAUGCCUAAACAAGAUGGAGCAGCUCAAUUUGGCUAGGAACAAGUUCUACGGUACCAUACCGGAGAUCCUCUGCGAGCUCUCAAGCCUCAAGAACCUUUCUCUCUCGUCCAAUUACUUUACGCAGGUCGGACCAAAAUGUCGAACACUCAUCAAGAAAAAGAUUCUAGACGUGGGUAUGAAUUGUAUUCUAGAUCUUGCGAAUCAAAGAACACCGUGGGAAUGCACCAAGUUUUUCUUGCGGAAACAGAAGUGUCCUAACUUCAAGACUUUCUUUUAUAUACCUUGUGGCAAAGAUCCUCACCGAAUUAAACCAGAUCAAGAAGGGUUAGACGGUCAGGCUUCCCCGCCGCUAUCUUACGGUGCUCUUAACCCGGACCGGAUUCGGAAUCUCUAGUCAAAACCAACUUGUUCUUUAAUAAUAAAACUCAUCGUUUGAUAUACAUAUCUGUAAGUGUGACUUAUUGAAUAAAUGUAAUAAUUAUGUUGUUGUCUGUA